UCAAGAUAACCGUGCGGUACCAGUGCGGGUACCAGCAAAACUGACACUAGUGGUACUCCUACACAUAUUCCGUAGGUAAUAUUAACAAGAAUCCAUUAGUUUAAAGUUGGAACUCAACGGUAAAUUCCGGAAGUAAAUUCCGUAUUGAAAAUCAGUUAAUUUAUUGCGCAAUGGUGUAGUUAAACAAUGAACGAGUGUUAGUAGUGUAGAUUCUGUGUCAUUCGGUCGUUUAUACGAAAAUGUUGUACAAGACCUGGGAAAUACUUUGUCUCAUCUUUUUCUUAGGGGCACAAGCACAAGAUGACUCCCUUUCUAGUAGUUUUCUUUCAGGUCUUUUGGAUACAAUAACGAAUACUGCUGACGUAAAAGACUGUCCGGGCGUGUGCAUUCACGCCAUAGCUACAAUAUUUUGUUACAGCGUUUUGGACGAUGUCACGUGUCCAUCUUCAAUGAAAUGUUGUAUAUACGCUCCGCUGCCAAAUACAACAAUAAAUGCCGAAACGGCAACAAAGUCUGAAACAACAACAUUUCAAUAUACCACAGUCACUAUUGUAACAACAACUACACUACCACCUACAACUACCUCAAAGCAAGUAGCAACUGAGAAAUUAUCUAAUAACGUAACUACUCUCAACGAACCAGGGUCCUGCAAUAGUAAUGAAAUAAAAGGAGUCUGUGUGGCUGAAAAUAUCGCCAACUACUGUGAAGCCAUUUUAAACAAAAACGAUCUUUGCGCACCAGGUUUACGAUGUUGCGUAUCCAGUGUUACAUUUGGAGAUAAAAUACCCGCCAAUUUAGUGUAUCCCAAUAAAACUAAAACAAACUACAGUAAAGUUGAAACAAGAACCACUGCUAGGCCACUACUAACGACUUCGAUAAGUCCUUCUAAAAGAACAACAAUAUCAUCAGCUUCCUCUACAAUUUCAAAAGAAUGUAAAGGCGAAUGUGUAAACGGAUUAUUCGCUUUAUUUUGUGAUGAGAUUGAUUCCGAAGCCGAAUGUGCUGACGAAGGCAGCUGCUGUCUCACUUAUCCUCCUACAGAGAAAGAUUCGGAACCAGAACCAAACUCAGCAUCUCCCACAUAUCGACCGACAACAACUCUAAAACCUAUCUCACGGGACCCUGGACCAAUAUGCCCUGGAUUUUGUUUAUUAAACAUUAUGGCAGCGUUUUGUGAGAGACCAUCAGUUCUUAUUCCGCAUACUUCAAACUGCAAAAGAGGAUCCGUUUGUUGUGACAAUACAAGAGCAACUACUUCUAUACCCAAACCUAAACCCAAGCCACCUUAUCUAUCAACAACGACUACAACGACUACUUUUGAUCCUAGACCAGAGUGUCCUGGAUCAUGUAUAGUAUCUUAUUUGAGUUUCACAUGUUUCAGAAAUGCUGAAAUGACAGAAAUUUUCAAGUGCAAAAAAGGGGGCACAAAAUGUUGUGCACCAAAAUCACUUAUUAAGGAUGUUUUGAGUCAAAAGGAUGAUACAUCUGUAGACGAAAAUACGAUACAUUCUAUGAGUAUAUCCUUUACUACAUUAUCUCCAGCAACACACACACAACCUACAACCACUGAAAUAACCAGAUUAGCUCCAACUACUUCUAGAUCUCCAGUAUAUAGUAAAUACGUAUGUGGUGUUAAAGGUACUGCACGUUCUGGAAGAGUUGUAGGUGGCGAGGAUGGCGAACAAGGAGAAUGGUGCUGGCAAGUUGCAUUAAUUAAUUCAUUGAAUCAAUAUCUUUGUGGGGCUGCCUUAAUUGGAACCCAAUGGGUCUUAACUGCUGCACAUUGCGUUACUAACAUCGUUCGUUCUGGUGAUGCAAUCUACGUGCGGGUUGGAGAUCAUGACUUAACUAAAAAAUAUGGAAACUCAGAAGCACAGACCUUAAGGGUGGCAACAACAUACAUUCAUCAUAAUCAUAACAGCCAGACUUUGGAUAAUGAUAUUGCACUCUUAAAACUACACGGUCAAGCAGAAUUGAAGGCCGGUGUUUGUCUGGUGUGUUUACCCGCAAGAGGUGUUAGUCACGCUGCAGGAAAAAGAUGUACUGUGACAGGUUAUGGUUACAUGGGUGAAGCUGGUCCAAUUCCACUGAAAGUGAGAGAAGCUGAAAUUCCUAUAGUAAGUGAUGCAGAAUGUAUUAGAAAAAUAAAUGCAGUAACUGAAAAAAUAUUCAUUCUUCCUGCCAGUAGUUUUUGUGCGGGAGGCGAAGAAGGAAAUGAUGCUUGCCAAGGUGAUGGUGGUGGGCCAUUAGUAUGUCAAGAUGAUGGAUUUUAUGAAUUGGCAGGUUUAGUUUCUUGGGGAUUUGGUUGUGGCCGUUUAGAUGUUCCAGGUGUAUAUGUUAAGGUUUCUUCAUUCAUUGGUUGGGUCAAUCAGAUUAUUAGUGUUAAUACUUUAUAACCGUUAUUUGUAGAAACUGAACCAAAAAUAUUAUGACGUUAUACUUGUUUUAAUAAUUUCACUCGUAGUUUUUGAAACUAAAGAUUUUUUAAUAUGAAGACUUCAACAUUAUAAGAAUACAAAUUUUAAUUAUAACAUUAGAUUUGGAUGAAUAGACUGGAAUUGUCAAUUUUUCAAUUAUACAGCAUCAUAUCCUCAAAUAAAUAUAAUAACUAAAAAUCUUAUUAUAUUAAAAAAUUACAUCAUUUCUACCAAUACUUCAACCCACACAUAAAAUGAGUUGUCCGUGACAAAAUUAUACUACUCAAGAAUAUAUUUUUCAAUUGGUCAUAGAUAUCAUUACUGAUUUUCUUUUCAUAUUAUAUUUUAAUAAGAAAACCCAAAGUUUUUACUACCCAGUUGAUGCAAACCAUAUAAUUAUAUAUCUACACUACACAACUUACAGAUCCAGAAAUCCAAGUUUGUGCAGAUAUUCUUACUGGAUCUAUAAAAGCGUGUAGUCGCAGCGCUUCAAAUAAACUAAACGUCUAAUCACUACCAAUAUUAUACAGUUAUAUUGAAACCCUUUGAAAAUCUGAUAUAAAAAUAUGUUAAUUCCGAUCAAUUCAGAUUGGGUGAAAUUGCGAGUGAAAUGAUUUUUGUAAAUAAUUUAUAAUUAAAAAUCGAUUUUAAAAACUGUUACCAAAUAAGUACUGUCUGUUAUAAUAAAUUUUUGUAUUGCAAUAAAUUUUUUGAUAUUAAAAUGUAAUUACAUCUCUUUGAAACUAUAAUAUCAGUGAAUAAAUUAUUAUCAAAUUC